CGCUCCUCCUCCGUCAUCGAACGCUCUCGGUUUCCCCAUUCUCCUUCGUGGGAAUCGUGCUCUCGCUAUAUCUUUGGUUCUUAGUCUCGCCAAGCGAUUGUGGUGUUGUCUUCAACCGGAAUCGCGAUCGGUUCCGGCCGGUUCUGUCUAUUGGUUCUCUGUAUUUAGCGAUGGGGGAGGAACUUGCGCUCACGGGCCUGUUGAAGAAGGUGGCAUCGGAUUUCCCCGACAGGACAGCCGUCUCCACCUGCGGGGAGGUCGACCUGACGCAUGCGCAGCUGCAGAAGCUUGUUGACCACACCGCCACGCUGCUUGCCGCCUCUGGUGUCGGUGCCGGUGACGUCGUCGCACUUGCUUUCCCCAACACUGUUGAGUUUGUGAUCCUGUUUCUGGCAGUAAUCCGUUGUCGAGCCACGGCAGCUCCGCUCAACCCCAUCUACACAGCUAAGGAGUUCGAGUUCUACCUUUCCUACUCUGGAUCGAAGCUCCUAUUGACACCACAAGAAGAAAACCAACGGGCUCAAGACGCUGCUUCCAAGCUUAACAUCCCCCGCCUAACCGCCAAGCUUCACUCUGCCGAUUCCAGAAUCACUCUCUCUUCGACUGGCAUAAAGCCGAGCCUUGUCUCAAUGUCCAAAGUCGUGAACGAUCCCUCGGAUGUAGCUCUUUUGUUGCACACGUCCGGCACUGUGAGUCAUCCCAAACGCUUGCUGCUUACUCAGCGCAAUUUGGCUUCAUCAGUUCAGAACAUCAAGUGGGUGUACAAACUAACAGAGUCAGACUCUACCGUGAUUGUGCUUCCAUUGUUCCGUGUGCACGGCUUAGUUGCUGGACUAUUGAGCUCUUUAGCUGCUGGAGCUGCCGUGGCCCUCCCAGCAGCUGUUAAGUUCUCGGCGCCCACAUUUUGGGCAGAUAUGAUUUCAUACAAUGCCACGUGGUACACAGCAGACGCUAUAUUCCACAAGAAAAUCCUGAAGUGCCACCUCAGAAAGCAGGAGCCGGCUUACCCGAAGCUUCGAUUCGUAACAAGCUGCAGCGCAUCACCCGCGCCCUCUAUCAGGGCUCGGCUCGAGGAGGCAUUUGGUGCCCCUGUGCUCGAGGCUUAUGCAAUGACAGAUGCUACUCACCUGAUGGCUGCAAACCCCUUGCCCGAAGAUGGCGAGCAUAAGCCUGGGUCGGUUGGGAGACCCGUGGGGCAGGAGAUGGCGAUUUUGGACGAGCAUGGGGCCAUACAGGCGGCGGGUGCGAGUGGUGAAGUGUGUAUAAAGGGACCGAACGUGACCGAGGAGAACGAAACCGAGACCGAGAGAGGUGGAGAAGAAGGCGACCAUAGCUUGGAAUUAACCAUAGACAUGGAGUUUGAAAAGUUUAGUGGACCGAAGAAGUUCUCCUAUGAAGAGUUGAUGAUCGCCACUGCAGGUGGCAAGAUUCUGGGAAAAGGAGGUUUUGGCGUCGUGUACGAAGGGCACUUAAGAGACGCUCGCACACAAGUCGCCGUGAAGAUAAUAAACUCUGAUUCGCACCAAGGGAUAAAAGAGUACAAAUCCGAGGUGAUGACGUUAGGCCAACUUAGGCACAGAAACUUAACGCCACUUACAGGCUAUUGUCACGAGGCAAAUAAAUUUAUCUUGGUUUACGAAUUCAUGAGAGAAGGUAGCUUGGAGGAUCAUCUGUUUAAAGGUAGAUCCUUGUUGACGUGGGAAAGGAGGUACAACAUCGCUCUAGGAUUGGCCUCGGCAGUGUACUACUUGCAUGAACAAUGUGAUCAAUGUGUGAUCCAUAGGGAUAUCAAAUCUAGCAAUACCAUGCUUGAUGAAAAGUUCAACGCCAAAUUGGGAGACUUCGGAUUGGCUAGGCUAGUAGACCACGCUAGAGGGCCAAAAACAACUGAAUUGAUAGGAACACGGGGCUACGUGGCUCCGGAAUACUAUAUAUUUGGUAAGGCAAGUAAGGAAACCGAUAUCUACAGUUUUGGAGUCGUCCUUUUGGAAAUAGGUUCCGGGAGAAGAGUCAUCGACUCGAAUCGAGACCCAAUAGGUCUCGUAGAGUGGUUAUGGAAGCAAUAUGGGCCCAAGAAGUUGGUCCAUGCGGUGGACGAGAGGCUGGGCAAGGAUUUUGACAAGAAACAAGCGGAGGCCUUGAUGAUUGCGGGGCUGUGGUGUGCUCAUCCCAUUGCUACUUCUCGGCCUUCGAUUGAAGAGGCAAUGGCCGUUUUGAACUUAAAGGCAAAGGCAAAGCUUCACAAACUCCCCUUGAAGAUGCCACAGUCCCUACGCAGUAUUGAUCGGAAGGUCUCGCCUGGAUGCUUGGGGUUUUGGGCAGAUGCCUCACUUUGAGUGCAAGCAAUGAUGUCUCUUUUAAUGUUAGCUAUAUGCC